CGCCUGGCGCGGCGCGGCGGCGUCAAGCGCAUCUCGGGGCUCAUCUACGAGGAGACGCGCGGCGUGCUCAAGGUCUUCCUGGAGAACGUCAUCCGCGACGCCGUCACCUACACCGAGCACGCCAAGAGGAAGACGGUCACGGCCAUGGACGUGGUCUACGCGCUCAAGCGCCAGGGACGCACCCUCUACGGCUUCGGUGGCUGAACUCCCGUUGCAAACCUUACGCUGUUAAACAUCAAGGCUCUUUUCAGAGCCACCCACACAUUCACAACGAGAGCUGUUUAUUGCUGGUCUUACUUCUAGUGAAUAUGGUACUAUUAAAAUACCCCGAGAAAUCCCAAUUAUAUUUUAAGUAUUUUAUGAAGCGGUACAAAAAGAGUAGCCAAGAAAAUAUACGGGAUGUUAAAAGCUGCAAAUGUAUUUCAUAAACACAAAGAU